AUGUUCGAGCUGCUCGUGUACAUGUGCUUCGGCGCUCGGCUCAGCCAGGGCGCGCUCGACGAGAUCGAGGCGCUCGAGCGGCACGUGCUAGCUUCCUUCACCGCCUUUCCGGUGUUCGCCUUCUUCCCACCGCUCACCAAGAGGCUCUUCCGCAAGCGUCGCGCUACGGGUGCCGACGAGGGCGACCGGCCGCUCACGGACGCCGAGAUCGUGAGCCUCUGCUCCGAGUUCCUCAACGCCGGGACGGACACGACGGUGACCCUGGUGGAGUGGAUCAUGGCCGAGCUCGCGAACAACCCCGGCGUCCAAGCCAAGGUGUACAAGGUGUACAAGGAGGUGACCAGAGUGAAGCCCGACGUCCUCGACGACGCCGGCAACCUACAGUCGCUGCCGUACCUGAAAGCCGUCGUGCUCGAGGGCCUUCGGCUGCACCCACCGGCGCACUUCCUCAUCCCUCACGGCUUGACGAUCUGGCUUGACGAGCGACGCGGAGAUCGGCGGCUACACGGUGCCUAA